AUGGGCAGAGCCAUCAUGUUGUUGAUGAUGAUGAUUACGACGACAAUGCUACAUGCCGUUUUGGCUCAUUUGGCUCAUGAGGCCCCGGCUCCGGCUCCGGGGCCGGCGUCUCCGGAUUGCCAAACGGCCAUUCUGGGGAUGGCGGAUUGCCUGACGUAUGUGAUGCCAGGCAGCAAUUUGACAAAGCCGGACAAACCGUGCUGCCCUGAGCUGGCGGAGCUCGUGAAAGACAACCCAAUCUGCUUGUGCACUUUGCUGGCCAACAGCAACAGCAGCAACAGCGUCGGCCUUGAAAUUGAUGUCAACAGGGCUCUUAAGCUUCCCACUGUUUGCAAGGUUCAGACGCCCCCUCCUAGCACCUGUGCACUUCUGGGAAUUCCAGUGGGAGCUCCCACAGCUUCUGAGACGCCAGCUAACUCUCCUGGUUCAGGGCUUACACCUCAAGGACCCCCUGCUUCCGCUUCAAAGACUGCCACCUCUGUUAUGGCUUUCCUUGCUGGCUUAGUUAUUGCAGUUCUUCCCAUUUGGUGA